UUUUCAAUAAAGUUUUUGAUUUUAAAACGUUAGGGGGAAUAUGAUGGAUUCAGCUUGUAAAACAGAAGAACUUUUUAUGUGUCGUGUCUGCGAGUCGCCGGAUUUGUUGAUCAAUAUUUUUAUAAACGAAACUCAUCAAAUAGUUGAAAAGAUUUGUUUCUGCGCUUCAGUACAGAUAUCCGAAAGCGAUGGACUGCCACAGCAUAUUUGCUCAAGAUGUUUUUCUGAUUUGGAAGUUGCAUAUGCAUUCCGUAAACGUUGCGAACAAAAAGAUUACGAGUUUCGACAUUUUGCGGAACUCAAAACAGAAGACUUCCCAACUGAAGCCGAUUAUUUAGAAGAAGAAUCAGAAAAUAACGAUAACAAAGAAGAAAUAGGAAAUAUCGAUUAUACAGAAGUACUAGAAAACGACGAUUAUGAGGAAGAAAGAUACGUUCACGAGCCAAUCCAGAAUGAACAACAAUCGACUCCUGAAGCUGAACCGAAUGUUGAGUUGCUAGAACCGGAUGAAACAAGUUUUGACUCAAAAGACUGCGACGAUACAUCUGAAAAUGAGUCCUCUAAAUCAUACCAGUGCGAAACCUGCGGAGAGGUUUUUUCGGUAAGGCAUGAGUAUCACAUACAUAUCAGAGUACACGGAAACAAGCGGUUUCAAUGCAAAACAUGCUUUAAAUGGUUCUCAAGACGAAAUAAAUGUGCAGCUCAUGAGUUGUCCCAUUUGGGCAUUCAAAAGCGAUAUCCUUGCGAGCAAUGUCCACUGGAUUUCAACUGUCGUCCGGCAUUGGUUCGACACAUUACAGGGGUGCAUGAAAAGCGUCGAGAUUUUAUUUGCAAGCUCUGCGGCAAAAGUUUUGCCCAGAAAAGUGGACUUCAAACUCACCAAUCUGUUCACAACGGAAAAACAUACAAGUGUUCAAAAUGUCCAUCAACAUACAAAGAUAAACGGUUUUGGUUACGGCACGAACAGCUUCACUUGCCCUUUGAAGAGAGGGAUCCUACACUAAUAUUCCAAACUCCCCCGCAAAUAAAGAAACCAAGGAAAUAUGUUUGUUCUUAUUGUGGUAAAAUUUCGAACAAUCAAAUGACACACGUUGUGCAUGAGCGAUACCAUUUGGAUGAAAGGCCUUACCCUUGUCAAAUAUGCGACAAAAGAUUCCGAAGUUCUUCUCAGCGCAACAAACAUAUGCGUAUUCACACAGGCGUGAAACCUUUCAAGUGCGAAACCUGCGGAUCAUGUUUUCGGGAAAAAUCCCACUUGACUACACAUAAUCUAACGCAUACGCAAAAAAGAGAACACGUAUGCCUGAUAUGCUCCAAGGCGUUUGCAUUGAAGGCAACUCUCAGAUCGCAUAUGAAAUGUCAUUCGGUUUUUGCUGAAAAUAAACCAUAAA